UCUCUGCUCUGUGAUGGAUCACUGCAUCCAGCUCAGCUGGUAAAUGAGUAAGAGCACCGCUUUCCUCAGUGAUGGAGUGCAGUGUGUGCUGAAAUCUCAUUGCACUGUGUAAUUCAGCUUUCUGCCAGUGCACAUGCGUCCUGGGGACAGUCAGUGUUGGCAGCUCCCUGCAGGGUUCCUGGCUGGAAUAACUGAGCUGUCCGGGGAGCUGUGGGCGCAGAGUUUGGAUCAGGAGGACGUUGGGGGCUCUGCAGACACCUCUGAUGAUCUGCCAGCAAUGAUUCUGCAGGGUGUGCACUAUCUCCCUACUCUGUAGGCUGCCGGCCGGGGAGGGGGCUCAGCUGCUGCUGGUGGAGCCCCUCUUGCUACAAGUCACGGGGAGAGAAGGGGAGCUGCAGGGUUCCUGGGACUGGCCGGCUGAUGCUAUCCCAGCCAUGAUACCAUAUCAGGCAAUCUAACAAAGACGCGGUGCCUGGAUCUCAGAGCGGCUGGUGCUGCUGCUGCCUCAUUUAUUUCCACAUUUCAGUCUCUUCUUUUAGAGUGUACUUUAUUCUCUUCCAAUGGUCCAAAACAACAUGUCCAAGACUCCCUCAGCCUCACAGGAGAUCCACACGGACGUCCUGGAGAACCCUGUCCCUACCAUACAGACCUAUGGAAAAGGAGCCAGACGGAAAAACCGAUUCAAGGGAUCCGAUGGGAGCACAUCCUCUGACACUACCUCAAACAGCUUUGUGCGUCAGGGUUCGGCGGACUCCUAUACCAGCCGUCCAUCCGAUUCUGAUGUCUCUUUGGAAGAAGACAGGGAGGCCGUGCGGAGAGAGGCAGAGCGUCAGGCCCAGGCUCAGCUGGAGAAAGCCAAGGUCAAGCCUGUUGCGUUUGCUGUUCGGACGAAUGUUUGCUACAGCACAGCUCACGAUGAUGAGGUUCCUGUUCCAGGAAUGGCAGUUUCAUUUGAGGCUAAAGAUUUUUUGCACGUCAAAGAGAAAUUUAACAAUGACUGGUGGAUAGGUCGGUUGGUAAAAGAAGGCUGUGAAAUUGGAUUUAUCCCUAGCCCCGUAAAACUCGAAAACAUGAGGCUACAGCAUGAACAAAGAGCAAAACAGGGAAAAUUCUACACAAGUAAAACUGGGGCAAACUCCUCUUCCAGUUUGGGUGAUGUGGUACCUAGCUCUAGAAGAUCAACUCCACCAUCGUCUGCUAUAGACUUAGAUGCCACUGGCUUAGAGGCAGAAGAGAUUGACAUUCCAGCCAACCAUCGCUCCCCUAAACCCAGUGUAAACAGUGUAACAUCACCCCACUCCAAAGAGAAAAGAAUGCCCUUUUUUAAGAAGACAGAACACAUCCCUCCUUAUGAUGUAGUGCCUUCUAUGAGACCUGUAGUUCUAGUGGGACCUUCUUUAAAAGGAUACGAGGUGACGGAUAUGAUGCAAAAAGCAUUAUUUGACUUUUUAAAACACAGAUUUGAAGGACGAAUAUCCAUCACACGGGUCACUGCUGACAUCUCUCUUGCCAAACGUUCAGUAUUAAAUAAUCCCAGUAAACAUGCAAUCAUAGAAAGAUCCAAUACACGAUCAAGUUUAGCUGAAGUCCAGAGCGAAAUUGAGCGGAUCUUUGAAUUAGCGCGGACAUUGCAACUCGUAGUUCUCGAUGCUGACACCAUCAACCAUCCAACGCAACUCAGCAAAACAUCCCUGGCUCCCAUUAUAGUGUAUGUAAAGAUUUCUUCUCCAAAGGUUUUACAGAGGUUAAUAAAAUCAAGAGGAAAAUCUCAGGCUAAACAUCUAAAUGUCCAAAUGGUGGCGGCUGACAAACUGGCACAGUGCCCUCCGGAAAUGUUUGAUGUUAUCCUGGAUGAAAACCAGCUUGAAGAUGCUUGUGAACAUCUAGCGGACUAUCUAGAAGCUUACUGGAAGUCCACACAUCCCCACAGCAGCAACCCGCCCAAUGCACUUUUAUCUCGCACCUUGACAUCCGCAACCCUUCCAGCCACUCCUUCCUCCGCCUCUAACGCACAGAGCUCCCAAGAAGAGCAGAAGAACGAUCCUCCGGCGCCUGAGCGGAAUGGGUCUGUAGAAGAGGACGCACCCGCCGAACCAACGAGAAAAUCUCAGCAUCGAUCUUCCUCCUCUGCGCAGCACCACAACCAUCGAAGUGGAGUAAGCAGGGGUUUAUCCAGACAGGAGACGUUUGACAAUGAGACACAGGACAACAGGGACUCCGUUUACCUAGAGCCAAAGGACGAUUACUCUUCCGAGCAUGUUGAUCCUCAGGAAUCCCACCGGGAUCACAAUCACAGAGACGUAUCACACGCAGGUAGUGAACAUAGACACAAAGAACCUCGACACCGGACAAAUGAGCAGGACAGGGAGCAGGAUCACAACGAAUCCAACAAACCCCGCACUCGGCACAAAUCGAGAGAACGACACAGCGAAAAGGAAGGAGAGGUUUCCAGGAAACGUAACGAUAAUGAGUGGAACAGGGAUGUUUACAUCCGCCAGUAACUUUUUUCAUCAUUCACACCUUUAUAUGUGACUUCUUUUUCUUUUUUUUUUUUCAAUCUUGUACAAGAACCCUGAAAAUUGUUUGGAUUCAUGUUGUAAAACAUAUAGCGUCCCUCUGUAUUUUCCUUCUUGUUUUUCUACACUCAAAGGUUCAUUGCUUAUACAGAAAUAGCAUAAAAUACAUUUAUUUUUACCGUUUUAACAUAAUAUUCCCAUUGGUGCAUCUAAAAAUACUACCAAGCCACGUGUUUAGCUGUUUCGUGAUAAACAUUUGGAUGCUGUGUGUCGCCAUCAAGAUAUUGUUGCUGUUCUAAAGCAAGUGAUGUUUUGUAAACUUAUUUUUUGUUUUUAUUUAUUUUUUAGACCAAGUUGGUUCCAGGCAUAAAACUGGUAAUUCGGUUACCCCUCCCCACAGCCAUAUAUGUUUCACUUUUACACAGUUACAGCUCUAUAUUAAUAAUCUGUUGUGGCUACAAAAGUAAUAUCAGACUUCUGAAAAGACUACUAAAAUAUUGCUUUUAUUUUUGUAUGUUUUUAAAUGCAACCACCUUCUUUGAAUGUUGAUUUCAAAGCCACUACUUACCUUUCCGUUUGCCUCCCGUUGUCUAUGUUGGAGAUCAGAGUUAAAUAUUGCCUUACAGACACGUUUCAAAUGAAUUUACUAUAUAUACGUAGUGUUUUCUUGUUGGUUAACUCUGGUUAUGUUUUUUUGUUGCUGUUUACUUUGCCCUGCAUGGUUAAAUGUUUGAGUAUACACCGUUGUAUGUUUUACUUCAUGCUUUUCAUAGUCCGUGACUGGAAUUAGCAUGGAGAAGUGAUGGUUAGCACUCUUCCAAUUGCACAGAAGUCAGAUGUAUCCACUACGUUACUGUAUGGUCACAAAGCAGAAAAGUGGUUGAUUUAUUUAUAGAUAGGUAUUUUUCAGAUUAAUUGUAUGUAAUUUAUUUUCUUGCAGAACCACUGUUAACGAGGGACAGGCACGCAGAGCUAACAAUUGUGAGGGACAAGUAUUUAUAAAAUAACAAAACACAUUUGCAGCAGUUGAAAUGAUAUAAUAAAGUAUUGGCUAAAUAUCAUGUAAAGGGCAUGUUGCAAUAUAACAAUUUCUUUCAUACUCCUCUUAUCCUACGACUAAAACAAGGUUUAACUUCAUCAACUCUAAGGAGCCGAUUUCAUUAGCUAAGAGGUUCUGGAGUGAAAACCUCAAUUGUGAUCAUGAGUAUAUUUUUUCUCUCACCCCUAUGAGAAACUAGAAAAGAUUGUUACCUAGAUUCCCAGAACAUUGGGGUCAUUCCGAGUUGAUCGCUCGCAUGCCGUUUUUUGCAGCGCAGCGAACAGGUUACUACUGCGCAUGCGCGGGUAUGCAUGGAAGUGCGUCGUACGGGUACAAAACGGAUCGUUGCUGGGCGAUGGAUUUAACGAAGAAUCCAUUCGCACAGCAGAUCGCAAUGAGAUUGACAGGAAGACGGCGUUUGUGGGUGUCAACUGACCGGUUUCAGGGAGUGUUUGCAAAAACGCAGGCGUGUCCAAGCGUUUGCAGGGUGGGUGUUUGAUGUCAAUUCCGGGACCAAAAAGACUGAAGUGAUCGCAAGGGCUGUGUAAGUCCAGAGCUACUCAGAAACAGCAAAAAAGUUUUUCGUCCCACUCGGCUGCACAGGCAUUCGCACACUUGCAAAGCGAAAAUACACUCCCCUGUGGGCGGCAACUAUGCGUUUGCAUGGCUGCUAAAAGUAGCUAGCGAGCAAUCAACUCGGAAUGAGGGCCUAUGUGCAGUAGCAUAGCCAUGAAGUUAUUAGGGAACACUGCAGCUAACUGAACCAAACACUAAAUAUUGUCACCAAAGUACGGAUGGACAAUGGUGGAUUAACCAUUGAUGGUCACUAUUGAUGGUACCAUUGGGGGAUAACAUUUAUGGUAUAAAACCAUUCACAGGGGAAUCAUUGAUGGUUUCACCCGCUGCUGAUCAUCACUGCUCUAUUACUCACUGCGUUGCAGGCAUGGGGGGUGGGGCGGAGCAUUAGGGGCCACAGCUAGGUACAGUUACCUGACACUAAGUAAAAAAUUAAAAACAUCAGAGGGUUAUGUACCAUCAAUGGUGUGGAACCAUUGAAUCUCCUUCAUUGAUAGCAAAAAAAAUCUAACAUUGUUGGAUAACCAUUGAUGGUUUGUAACCAUCAAUGGCUGAUGGGCGACCCUACAUCAAAGCCAAACAUUUUCAGGUAUAACUGGGGGGGGAUCUGUCAAGGGACUGUAUUUCACAAUCCAGCCACUAUGGAGCGGGGGAGGGGGUUAUUCAAGGAGGGUUCCAGCAAUAGGACAGAGGAAUAUGAAAAUGUGUAAUAAGGGGAUAAACAAUUAAAUAUUAUGAUGUGUGCUACAAAAGGGUACAACAUAAACUUUUCCUUGUCCUCACCUUGUAAAAUUUGUUAGCACCUUAAGAUUUAAAGAGCACCUGUUGUCUACACGUUGUGGUGGCAGCCAUUUUGUGACAUAACUGAGGUACUUCAUUAAUGAUAUUACUGAAUAUUGGUUUGUUAUACAAAAUGGCAUCUGCUUUCAGAGACUGAUCAUGAAUACACUUGUGCGUAUGUGUAUACAUUUUUACACUUGCACCAGUGAGUAUUAUUAUUGCCAAGCAGCAUUUUAAUUAACACCACAAUUUUUAAGGACCUGAAAUACCAUUGUUUUUGGGUUUAUCAUAGCACACUUUGAUAAGAUGUGUUUUGUUUUUUUUAAAGAAAAAAAAAAAAAGAGAUAUUUAAAUAUAAGCUUUGUUGAAUACGGUAUAGUAAAUGCAUAUACUUGUGGGAAGUGUCUUUAUUUUUCAGAAUCAAAUUUGUAAGCAUAUGUAUAUACUUCAAAAUGGCCUUUGUAGAUAUUGGAUUGUAGGUUCCGUAGCCAUGUCAGACUGUUAAAUGGUUUUAUUUAUUUAUUAUGCUAUAUACAAAUGGUGGCUGUGAAUCACAUGUUAUUCGUAACAUGCAGAAAUCUACAAAAACAAAAGAAUGAUGUUCCAAUAA